AUGUUGUUUGAGAUCAAGUUGAGAAUAACUAUGGGAUAUCCAGCUAUAUCAGGUCCGAAAUCCCGUAAUGAUCGGAUUGCUAUUGUGGGGGCUGGGAUCGGUGGAGUGCAUAUGGCGUCUUUACUAAAGGCGAGAGGUUUCAAAAAUGUCAAAAUUUUUGAGCAACGAGGGGAAAUUGGAGGAAAAUCAUAUUCCCGAUUUUACAGGGGUGUAUGGAAUGAGUUUGGAACUAUAUUUCUGACCGAUAUCUAUGAUCAAGUAGCCAAAUUGAUAGAGAGGUAUACUCCCAGCUUCAGAUUAGUAUCCAAAGCUGAAUCCACUGUAACGGUGAACGAUUACGAAUUCACGACUUGGAGAGAACUUUUGAUUCAGAAUACAGGGGAGAAGACUCCAGAGGCUGCUCUCCGCAGUCUCCAAGAUGCCGUGGAGAGGUAUGAUAGAAUCCACCGCUGUUUGUUUGGAAAUUAUUCCUUUGAACUCAUGCCUCGACCAACUCCAGAAGUUCUCCAUCAAAUUCGAGGAACUGUCCAGGAUUUCUUACAAAGGAAUGACCUAAUGUUAUUGGCACCUAUAUUCAGAACUUUUCUAACAACAGACGGUUAUGGAUAUAUCAACGAGACUGCAGCUAUAUACGGUUUGGUUUGGAUACCACCGGAAGUAGUUAAAGGAGUAUUUACACCUGAAAACGGGUUUUGGAUUUUACUAGGAGCAUUUCAAUUGAUUGUAACCGAGAUUGCCAGACAAAAUAAAUUACAUAUACACCUUGGAGCCAAUGUCAAAAGCAUUCAAAGAAUGCCUGGUCCUGGAGGUAUUCAUAUAACUUACUCAACGAAGGGGCAUCCAAAUAUUAAUACUGAGCAUUUUGAUUUUUUGAUUCUAUCCCCAGCGAUGAAUUCUUUACUGAAUAUAGUGGAUUUCAACGCAAAGGAAAGGAAUUUAUUUAGCAGACUGAGGAAUGCAUACUUCGUCCUAUCACUGGUCGAAUCCGACAUUGGUAGACGAGGCAAUGAUCCUCAGGUGUACUUCAAUAAUGACGUUGAGCAGCCCACGUAUCCCAUAUAUGCCGCUUAUAAUUUCUACCAAGCGAAGAACAAUAUCAGUAAUGAUGACCAUCGCCUUGGGAUUCGGGAAAAUGGUCCAGAUGGGCGUCCACAGGAAACUGUUAUGUAUUAUCAGUACGGCUUUGAAAAUCCUUGGGCAAAGGAUAUCGAUUUUAUCAUCCAGUCCAAGUUAGCUUCAACCUUGAAAAGAUUUGAUAAGACUAACCCAAGAAUUCUGGAACAAAUAAAAUGGGGAUAUUAUUUUCCCAGGUUUCCAGCCAAAGAUGCCGAUCGUGGGUAUCUUUGGGAUAUAUUAGAUAUGCAGGGCAAGUACAACACUUGGUACAUUGGUUCCUCCGUCUGCUUCGAAAGUAUGGAGAGUGUGGUUGAAUACAAUAAUCUGAUGAUGGCAAUUUCACAUUUAUAA